UCAGUGUUGAGUGUUUGUAAAUCAGCGAUUUUGGGCAGCACCGGCUCCAGCAGUUCAGUCACUGUGAACCGUGGACUGUUUUCAGUCAGUGUUUGAGCGCUUACCUCUGAUCCAUCAACAACAUUACAGCACAGGCAUCCUGUACAGACUCUCUGUGUAACGUUUAAAAUAUGAUUUUAGUUAUUUAGAUAAAUGUUUGGGCAGUUUUAAUGAGGACAAGAUGAAUACCUCACCAGCUGCUUCCGACUAGAGCUAGAGCAUUUCACUAUUUCAUCAAACCAACUUCAGCCUCGUCUUCAAUUCUGGAGAAACCGGUGGAAAGGGCUCAGAAGAGUGUUUGGAUGACCACUAGACACCACCUCAGCCUGGAGAUCUUCUGUUACAGUAAGUAAGCCUGAAGGGACGGCAGUAUUGAAGCAGCAUGGUUUGAUUGUUUGAUACAGGCUUUGUGAACAGGAUGGUUAGGUGAUGAGCCCACCUAAGUUCUUGUGCUUGACUGUCUGCCAUGGCCCUGAAAUAUGGCUGCUCCAUUAACUCUGCUGUGGAGGACGAGAACAGUGAGGAGAACUCCCCACUUCUGCAGAAAGAAGCAGAGGAGCUCUCGGUGCCUCCUAAAUGCUGCUCUGCACGAUGCAAUCUGGCCAUAAUGAUGUUCUUCGGCUUUGCUGUGGUGUAUGGUCUCCGGGUCAAUCUCAGUGUGGCCAUGGUGGCCAUGGUCAAUGGAACUAAUUCCCAGCCGAGUUUAAAUGGCAGUGAAACCCAUGAGUGCCCUGGUGCCCUGAACAGCAGCAGCCAAAGUCCGGAUCAGCUAGAUGGAGUGCCACGAUACAAUUGGGACUCUCAGAUGCAGGGAAUGCUGCUUGGAGCGUUCUUCUUUGGUUACCUUUUCACUCAGAUUCCUGGGGGCUACCUGUCUGGACACUUUGGAGGGAGAAUUUUUCUGGGAGGGGGUGUUCUGUGCACGGCCAUCCUCACCCUGCUUACCCCGCUGGCAGCAGAGCUCGGGGCCAGAUGGCUGUUUGCUCUCCGGGCCUUGGAGGGAUUUGGGGAGGGUGUGACAUACCCUGCCAUGAUGGCCAUGUGGGCUUGCUGGGCCCCACCACUGGAAAGAGCUCGUCUGAUGAGUCUCUCAGGAGCUGGUGGUAACUUUGGUGCCUUCGUUUCUUUUCCUCUCACUGGCUUCAUCUGUCACAGCCUGGGCUGGCCUGCAGUUUUCUACUGGUGUGGGGGUGCAGGAUGCCUUUGGGCUAUACUGUGGUUCAUCCUGGUUUCAGAUGACCCACGCAAACAUCCAAGAAUAAGUGACCAAGAAAAAGAGUACAUAGUCAACACUAUAGGUUCAGAGGGGGGUUCUCAUGGUUGGUCGGUGCCACUGCUGCCCAUGCUGCUCUCAGUCCCUCUCUGGGCCAUCAUCAUCACUCAGAUGUGUUCUAACUGGUCUUACUACACUCUGCUUACCUCACUACCUACCUACAUGGACACGGUGCUGCACUUUGACCUACGGCAGAACUCCUUCCUGUCAGCGCUGCCUUACCUGGGGGGCUGGUUGUUCUCAGUGUUGUCAGGUGUGAUUGCAGACAACCUGCUGGAGAGGGAGUUAAUGGGCGUAACAGCAAUUCGUAAAAUCUUCACUGUUGUAGGAAUGGUGGUACCGGCGGGGUUUUUGGUAGCCGUGGCAUUCUCAGGCUGCAGUGGUGGCCUGGCUGUAACAUUUCUCACUUUGUCUUCUACUAUUGGAGGUGCCAGUUCUGCUGGAGUUUACAUGAAUCAGAUUGAUAUUGCUCCUCGAUAUGCGGGAGUGCUGCUUGGGAUCACUAACACUUUUGGGACCAUCCCAGGAGUUCUUGCCCCAAUUGUUGUGGGUCAACUUGCUAAAGACCACUCUUUGACGGGGUGGAGUAAUGUCUUUUAUGUGUCAGCUGGGGUGAGUGUCGUCGGAGCCAUCAUCUUCACAGUGUUUGGCAGCGGAAAGCUCCAGAACUGGGCAGUAAGCGAAGAUGAGAGAGAGGCAGACAGAGAGAGCUAGACAUGUGACGAUGAGCUCUAUUCAGAAGUGUUCAGCUGGCGAGCUGAAGGUACUCAGGAUGCUAUGUGGGCCUUUGUUCCAGUUGUCUAUUUAGAGCUGGUGGAGGCAAAAUGCUUUGUUAUACACACCAUUAUAUACUGCUUUUAUGUUGCUGGGUGUGAUGCUUUUACUACGGUUAAAAAGGAUUCUGUCUAGGAAGGAGUUGGGAAAUUUAUUACAGUGAACAGUUGGACUAUACAUUGAGUAAAAAUUCCAGUAGACAAGUCAUUUACCCAACAUCUGUAAAGAUGCUGGUCCACGUUUUGGAGUCUUAUGGAAGUUAGCAAAUAAUAUUGAUCCUAGAGCAAUUAUGUAAAGAACAUAGGAUAGGAGCAUCAUUGAGUAAUCCUGCCCUGCUUCGAAGACUGGCUACAGUUAGACAUCCUUCAGAAUGAAGCAUUAAAAGAUCAUUGGUGAAGUUGAGGAAGCUGACCCAGUGAAUCAUGCUAUCACCAGGCUGAGCCAACAGAGAACAGACACUGCAACAACAGUUCUUUUCCAGAUGCACACUCCCAACUCUCCAGCUGAACUGAAAACACUGCUACCUUUAGCUUACAUUCCAGAUCAAACCACUAGCAUGUUACCACCAAUCCAUGCCUUGUCACUCCCUAGGGCCAACACCGUAUGUGCAUUUCGUCAUAAAAUAUGACAGAAUGAGGCAAUAUAAAUAGUUUUUUGCACUUACUUUUACUGGGUAAAUAAAAAUAAAUAUUUAGGGUACAUUCAUUUGUGUGGAUGUUGCUAUUGCUCAGACCAAAAACUAAAUAAUGCAAUGUAGCCAAUAAAUGCCAAUAUUUCUCAUGGCAUUUAAUGAAAAAUAUUUUUGAAUACAUGAUUAUUGUUCAUUUAAGUCAAACAUAUUGUAUAAAUGUGUUGAUUAUUCUUAUUUACAUAUUAAAAUGUCAUAAAUGUUGUUUAUCAAGUAGUGUUAAUUGACAUAAUUUGCAUAUCAGUUCAUGAAUUUUAAUGUUUUUUGAAUGUGAAGAUUAACAUGCAAUUAUAAAUAU